AUGAUUGUGAGCACUUGGAAUGUGAGAGGGUUAAAUAACCCUGUUAAGAUAGGGGAAAUAAAGCAGUUUGUGCUAAACAAUAAACUUACUUUGUUUGCUUUACUGGAGACUAGAGUUAAGGCUCAUAAUCAUGAGAGAAUCAUGAAUAAAUUUGGCAGACAAUGGAAAUGGGCUCAUAACUAUGGUGAGAGAGGUAGAAUUUGGAUUGCCUGGAAUCCAUCUCUGGUAGGAGUCCAAGUUACCUAUACUUCUGCUCAAAUGGUGCAUUGUAUGGUGAGUGAUAAGAUAACUGGGAUCACUUGGUGGUGGUCAGUGAUAUAUGGGUUACAUACUGUUGAAGACCGGAAGAGUUUAUGGGCUGAUGUGAGGGAUAGGGAUAGGAAUCUGGUGGAACCAUGGUGUCUUAUGGGGGACUUCAAUGCAGUGUUAUCCUCAAAAGAUAGGAUGAAUGGCGUGCCUAUUUCCCAUUAUGAAACUCAAGACUUUGUUGAGGUUCUUAGAGAUACUGACUUGAGUGAGUUUAAGACUUGUGGGCACUUCUUCUCAUGGUCCAAUAAAGGGCUGGGAGCUGCAAGAAUAUGUAGUAGAAUACAUAGGUGCCUGGUGAAUUCAUUCUGGAUCACUAAGUAUCCUAACUUGGUGGUGGAAUACUUGAAUCCAGGAGUGUCUGAUCAUUCUCCAUUAAUCCUUAGAUGGUCUGCUACUUCAGUGUGCAAAGGUAUGCCUUUUAAAUUCUUUAGCUAUAUGGCUACUCAUGAGGGGUUUAUGGAAGCUGUUGCUGAUAAUUGGAAUGGAGUUGGGAGGGGCAACAAUAAAAUGCAGGAGGUUAGGCAAGGUCGUCAAAGAGUGAAGAAGGUGCUUAAGCAGAUGCAUAAGAAGGAUUAUGGUAAUUUGAGCUUACAGAUUGAUAAGGCUAGAGAAGAGAUUCAAGAGGUUCAAAACCAGAUGGCCACUACUCACAGCUGCCCUAUCUUACACCAGGCUGAAAAAGAUUGUAUUCGUCAAUUGCAUAAAUAUUUGCAAGUGGAGGAGUCUAUAUUGAAACAGAAGUCUAGGGUGUAG